AUGUGGCUCUAUCGAGGGGUCCAGUCGGCCGUCUUCUACUACGCCACUUGCACUCCGUGUGCUAUGUCCGUCGACCGUCGGAAGCGUAAGAAGGAAGCCGCCCGAUCGCAUCGCGAGAAAGAGAAACUGAACGCCACCGUCACCGACCAGCCUCGGCCAUUCCCCCAACCCACCGCAUUUCGCACCAAUCAAGGAUGGAAGGAAGAGAUCGCGCUAGGCCCAGGACCUCCGGCCCGACGAGGUGGUCACCGCAACGCUCACCGGCGGACGGAUAGUUGGAAGUCGGACGCACGACCUGCAGAAGAUGUGGAACAGACGGGAGGCUCGGCACACAAGAAGGAUAAGGGCGGUCUGAUGCAGCCGGUUAGCGAUCGGUGGAACCGUAUGCGAUACCAGCGCGAGGACGAACCGCUUUGGGGUGAGGAGGUGGAGGUGAAGGGUUCCUCGGUGGGAAUUUCCGGACAGGGUCGAACGGAAGCCAAGGAGCCCAAGUACUACAUCGCUCGAGUGCCACCCGUGAACGACCUCCAUCCGCCUAUCGUCAGUGGACCGAAGAGCAGAGCCGAGACGCGAUGGAUGUUGCAACCGCCGCCCAGUGCGAGAGUGAUGGCUGGGAAGGAGCGGACCAGUCCCUCGACGAAACCCCGCGAGAAAAAGGCCUCGCCCAUUCCGCCUGGGAUGGCGCGGAACUACCAGCUCCCUCCUAUAUCUACCCAAACUUCCGUGAAGAAGAAAACAUUAAAACCAUCGCCUACGUUUACCUCCCCCAGUGAUGCCCAUACCCCGACUACUAGUAAAUCGAAAACAGAGGACCAAUUGGCUCGCUCGUCAUCCCCGACAGCGUCUGCCUACGGAUGCGACGAGUCCAACUUCGUCAUCUCGCGGUCUCUCCAUUCCCGAUGCGACUCUUCCAUGUUGAUGUCCUCCGAUUCCGAGAUGGAAUCUCCGCGGGUCUCCAUGCAUUCUCCGCAGACGCCUGUCUCCCGGCCCGGUUCAAAAGAGACCGAGGAUGCCGGAAAACAUUUCCGACCGUCCAUCUCCAAAGCCCUAACAACUCUGCCACGGGAGACCAACAACAAAGUGCAGUUGCUCCAUGUGGAAAUCAACGAGCCUCAUGACGAAGUUGGCCUAGGCCAGCUGGAACAAAUCCGGCCGUGGCGAUGGAGCAUGGAUGUCUGA